AUGGGCCCCACAGAAGCAGUUUACCUGCACGAUAGCUCUUUAAGAACCCUGACAACAGAGAUCGUUUCAUAUGAGCCCAUCGCAGGACUCCCCGAUGAUGAAAAAUUCUUAGCCAAAAAUAUAUCCCCGGAAGAUUUGGCUAUUACAACGCGGCAAACCAUUCUGUAUCCGCAGGGUGGUGGACAGCCCAGUGAUACCGGCACCAUCGCCGUGGUAGAUCAAGGUCAAGACCAAGAAACCACAUUCACAGUGUCCCUAGUGCGCAAGACACCAGAUGGACGGAUAAUCCAUUUCGGCAAGCCCUGUAAUGGAUUGAUCUUUGAGGAGGGCCAAAAGGUUAUCCAACGAGUCGACGGUCCCAAGAGGGAUUAUCAUUCCAGACUCCAUACCGGAGGCCAUAUCCUUGGCGUGGCUAUGGAGGCUCUCAUGCCUGAGAUGAAAGAGGUCAAAGCCAAUCAUACUCCUGGGGAGGCUUGUUUGGAGUAUGAAGGAUUAGUGUAUAAUGAGCAUAAACCGCUUAUACAGGCCAAGAUCGAUGAGCUUGUGCAGCAGGAUUUGCCAAUUCUUGUAUCAUGGUUGGAGGCGGGCUCAGAUGUUGGUGAGCGUGCUAAGGCGGGCGAUGGUCCUGUCAGAAUUGUCAGUAUUGGUGGGCUUGAUCAGACUCCCUGUGGCGGGACCCAUGUACCCCGGACUGGUCUGUGUGGACGAGUUACUAUCCGCAAGAUUAGCCGACAGAAGGGUAUCAGUCGUAUUUCUUAUGAGGUAUCUAUUGAGGUUUAG